AAAAAAACAAAUGUCAUUGUCGAUGACUGCUGCUACACGUUUGUGAACUUCCGAGAUACAUCUGGGUGCCAUGGCUGUCUGCGGCAAGACUUGCCUAAUUGUGUCAAGUGUGAUCGUGUUCGGACUGGGGUACAUGUUUUACACCCCCCUACCCGACUACUUGGAACAGCCGUGGGAAUUGCGGAAACUCAAUGCCAAGAUGAUGGUUGGAGGAAUAAUAACUGAGAUUAGUCAUGGACUAGGAUUUGACGAUCGAGUAAAUCUGAUGAGAAAAUGGACCUACAAAUGGGCUAUAGACGCCAUCCGCCCCUCUGACUGGAUGAAAGGUGUAUCGGUAACCGACAUGAAAUUCGACGGCGUUCCAGUCAGAAUCUACAAACCGACGACGUCGCAAAACGACGACGUGUUGCCGACGUUCGUGUACUACCACGGCGGGGGCUGGGUUCUCCUAGACGUUGAGUCGUACGAUCCUGUGAUGGCUCACAUAGCAAGGGAGGUAAACAUAGCAGUGGUAUCUGUGGAAUACGGCUUAGCUCCAGAACACCCGUUCCCAGAAGGCUUCGAUGACUGUGUCAAGGCCACGGAGCACGUGCUGCAACAUGGCGGCAAAUAUGGCCUAGAUUCAAAACGCGUCGCUGUUGGCGGAGAUAGUGCAGGGGGCAAUCUAGCGGCAGCAGUAACCAUUUACCUCCGGGAUCAAAAAUCAGUAACACCGCCCAAGGCGCAGGUACUUAUAUACGGUGCCUUCCAGUUUUGCACCCAGUCUCUACCAAUGGCAACACUGAGAAAUGAGCUCGAAAGCUUUGCCAAAGAGAGACAUGCGUUUAUCGUGGGAUCGUGGUGGAAUUUGAACAAACAAGAAAGAGAGCUGCUAAAAACCGGAAAAUUCACGACGCCACAACUGGCAUCAAAAUGCAAACGUCUCGUUGAUGUCAAAAUGGUUCCAGAAUCCCUCAUCCAAGAUGGCUACUCUCCGCAAGAUCACGUGGCUCAUCACGUGAGUGAUGACGUCAAACGACUGUCGAGACUGGUCUCUGACCCGCGGAUCUCCCCGUUGCUUGCUGACGAUCUCGGCAAACUGCCGACAGCGUUAGUCCUGACUGUUCAGUGGGAUCACAUUCGUGAUGAAGGUAUUAUUUACGGGAAGCGCCUUCAGCAGGCAGGGAACAAAGUGACAUGGCAGCAUUUUCCCAAGUCUUUCCACGGCGUGUUGAACUGGUUUCACGACGACGAUCUAUUCGAGUCGGGUCCUAAACUUAUGAACAGUAUUGUUGAAUUUCUAAAACAGAAUCUAAAGUAGUCGUAGUCUAUAUAUAGUUAGUUGUAAAGUUGUACUUAAAGUGUGAUAUCGUCAA